UCGUGGGGGAUGCACGACAGCGAGCGUCGUAUUUUCGCGCAUAAGAUUUUCGCACAGUGAAAACUUUAAAUACAUACUAAUAAUAAUAUAGGAAGCUAUAACGUGUGGUGUUAUUUUAAACUUCGCCUGGUGUCCUAGUUCGUGACGAUGCAAAGGAUUUCUCUGUACCUAUAGAUGGUGCUAAGAAUGUUAGGAUAUUGAUAGGUAACACAGCCGAUAAGAAAAUAUUUUUCUACUGAUUUACAAUAAUAAACCACGAUGUCGAACUCGGUGAUAGAAAACGGCGUUCCUGACGAUCGUUCAACAACAUAUUACUUCCCCAAAACUGGUUCAAGUGCUACAUUAUGGCAGAGGAUGAGCCUUUUUGUCUCCAUAUACUGGAAGGCACUGAUAGUGGUGCUGACACCACUUGUGCUUCUGCCUAUACCUAUCCUGAAUUCUGAACCUGCCUACAGAUGCAUGUACAUAGUUCUCAUAAUGGCCAUAUACUGGGUACUGGAACUCCUUCCUCUACCCGUCACAUCAAUGCUACCAAUUGUGCUGUUCCCAACCAUGGGCAUCCUGGACUCCGAUAAGACUUGCGCUGCGUACAUGAAGGAGACCAAUAUGAUGUUCAUGGGAGGGCUCAUGAUAGCUGCCGGAGUACAGCACUCUAAGUUACCGAAGAGAGUAGCGUUGUGGACCGUGCAGGUUGUUGGCUGCUCACAUAGAAGACUGAACUUUGGCCUGACAUUUGUAACUAUGUUCAUAUCUAUGUGGGUGUCAAAUGCUGCAGCUACUACCAUGAUGGUACCCAUUGUUGAAGCCAUUCUAGAGGUGUUAGAACAGCAAGGACUAGGUGAUGUAUUUAUAAACAAGAAGAAGAAUCCUCCAGCGGAAAAUGGAAAGGAUACGAAAGCUGUGGCUAAAACUGGCGAAGAAGAGACUCCGAUGCCCAGUGACAUCACGAUAUGUUACUACCUGAGCAUCGCCUACGCGUCCACUCUGGGCGGCUGCGGCACACUCGUCGGUACCGCGACUAACUCCGCCUUCAAAGGGAUAUUCGAUUCCGAGUUCCCCGAGUACAGCAGCUCGGUGAACUUCUUCUGGUUCAUGGCGUACAGCACGCCGCCCAUGCUCAUCAUGCAGCUGCUGGUGUGGCUCGCGCUGCAGGUCACCUUCAUGGGCAUGUUCAGACCAAACAGCGAAGCCGCUAGGAAAGUGAACAAGGCUUCAUCAGGAUCCAUCACCACCAUGAAGGUCAUCAAGGAGCAGUACAGGAACCUCGGACCUAUCACUUUCCACGAAAGGGCUUCCGGACUCCUGUUCAUCCUGGCUGUGUUCCUGUACAUCUUCCGUCGUCCUGGGUUCAUGCCCGGCUGGGCUGAUGCGGUCUCCAGCCUGAAAGUGAAGGACGGUGUGACGUCGAUGUUCAUCGUGAUCCUCAUGUUCAUUCUGCCAAUGUGCUGCGACUUCCUCAAGUUCUUCUCCAGCCAGUCCUCAUAUGAAGAACUGGCAGCUUCCAAGCCAUCUCCCAGCAUUGUCACCUGGAACAUUCUGAAGGAGAAGAUCCCCUGGGGACUGCUGUUCUUGCUCGGUGGCGGCUUCGCGUUAGCUGAGGGUAGUAAAGCCACCGGCCUGUCCGCCAUGAUAGGCUCGUCCCUCGAAGGUCUGCAGGGCCUCAACCACGCGCUGGUGUUGCUAGUCGUCGUACUCGUCACACAGUUCAUCACGGAGUUCACCUCCAAUGUUGCCAUCGCUAAUCUUAUAUUACCAGUUUUGGCUAAUAUGGCCCGCGUGCUGCACAUGGACCCGCGCUACCUGAUGGUGCCGGCGUCGCUGGCGUGCUCGAUGGCCUUCCACAUGCCGGUGGGCACGCCGCCCAACGCCAUCGUCGCCGGCGUCGCGCACAUACCCACCGCCAAGAUGGCUGUCGGCGGUAUAGGUCCGAAAAUCAUCACCACCCUCAUAGUAUGGGGCGCGUACCCCACAUGGGGAUCCGUCAUCUUCCCAUUCCAAGCCCCCAACCUAACCCACACGAACACUACUUCCUUAGCCGAGAACCUUCAGCUGAACUGCAAUACAACUGUCAGCGCAUUGACAGCAGCUGCCAAUAUCAGCUGUACCCUACCAUCCGCACUAAGAAUGAACAGUACAGGUAACUUCGUCUGCAACUACCUACCUUUUCAAAGUUAAAAAAUAAGCUUAGAUAAUUCAUGUCAUGUGUGAUAAGGGAUUUUAAAGGUUUUAAAUGUUUUUACGGCUAUGAAAAGCUGCAUUUUGAACGCUAGCUGUAUUAAAAACAGUUAAUUUUGUUGGAUGUACGUAUUUGUGCCAUUUAUUAUGGAUAAGGAGACAUCCUAAAUUGAUUAACAAUGCAAUCUCAGAAAAUAUACUAAAUAAUAUUUUUUAUGUACAUCGAAGGCCCAGUUUUGCCGAAAUGCUGGCUUUUAUUAUCUGUAUUUAUAAUUCACUGUUGCCAGCGUAAUAUUUAAUAAUAAUAAACCAUAGAUUAUGUUAUUGAAGUCGCUAACUGAUAUUUUUUAAAUAUGUAUACUGUAGUACUUAAAAUUCACUAUGAUGAAUACUAUUUGUAGUAUUUUUUUCAUAAAAAUUCUGAAUAGAAUCUAUUGAAUGAAAGAUCUCGGCUCUUUGUACACGCCGAAACGUAUGUCUUCGAGCCGACGUCUACUCUCUAACGACGCUUGCGUAUGUGCAAAUCUAUCACUUUAUGCCUCGUCAUUUCGUGUACAAAAGGUUCAGAUUUUAACCAAAAAGAUGCGUGUUAUGUCAAGGAUUCAGCAAUAUACUUAUGGUUAAAAGGUGCUAAUAUAGUCACUGUUCAGCGACUUCGCCAAACGUAAUAUAGUAAUAUAUUUUCGUAUUUUCUACAGUAUCGAAGCAUUUUGUGUUAAAUAUAUUAAUGCAGCAUUUAUGUAUGUAUGUGGAGUACUAUGGUCGCCCCACCGACUAACUACAUUGCCAAAAUAUAUAUUUAAAUAAUACAGUUGGACAUCUUUCUAAAUUUCUUCUUAAUUUUUUUCAUUUUAUUCUUAUUUUAAGGGUGUUAAAUGUUAAGAGAUCUCAUUUCUCAUUCUUCAUAAGACUUGUCAUGUCAACUGGUAAAAGUGUGUUUUCAAAUUGAAAAUUGAUUUUUAAAUGCGAUUUCCGCACAAAAGAAUUAGUUUGUGCCGAAGUGGGGUUCACAAAAAUUCAAGUCAUAUCCACAAGUGUCAUAAAAUUAUAUAUUAAAAUAUGGAAACAAUUUCUUUGCCAAAUAUAUGGAAAACAUAAAUCAAUGACUUAUAACAAAGAAACUUGAGCGGUUAUUUCAUUUGUGGGUAGACAGAGAUGUUCAACUGUACUUAUAAACUUGGCCAAUACGUAGUGCCUGCAGAACCAGCCUACUGGGACAAUAAUAAUGCUAAAUAGAACUUAAUUUAUACAUUAUUUAACGGAAUAAAGCGGGUGCGGAUUUUAUAUAAAAAAAUGUGCUUUCACACUUGUAUUUAAGUCUCCUCAAAUGAAUACUAAACAUCUCAAAUAUUAAUGAAAAACAAUCUUAUCACCUAAUAUCAAGUAAUUAACUGCGAUUGGAUGUAUUUGGGCAAUUAUAAGAAUCUCAUAUUGUACUUAUUAUGUAUCGGUAUUGCUUUAAUGAAUUAAUCAUAUAAUACUGAUUUAUAGAUGGCGCUCUAAAGUAAUACAUGCUAUCUCUCUCAUAUCAAGGCUUAAUCAUGAGACAGAUAGACAAAAAGACAUCUUAAAAGUAUAUUAUAUCAUUUGGAGAGGCUAAGAUUACAAGUGUUAAAACACCUCAAAAUAUAUUUUAUAUAGAAAAAAGUAUGUAAAGGUGUAUUUUAAAUAUAUUUAAUUAUCCUUUAUGGGAUGUUCCUAGUUUUAAAAUAUUGUGAUGUGUGUAAGAAUAAGAGAGACGUAAUGAUGACCAAUUUGCGGGAUACAACAGUAGCAAUAAUAUGAAGCUGUCUUCUACAUGAAUGCAGUUUGUUGAAUAAUAUUUACAGUGACAAUAGCCUUGAUGCUGUUAAACGUUCACUAAAAUUCAUUUCAUCUGUCGCUGUCUCUUUAAUAAUAUGAUAUCAGAAAAGGACGCAUAACCAUUUGAAUUGAUUCUAACAAUGUUUCAUAAUGAAAAAUGGUUUGAUAUUUUUGAGUUGGCUGUGGUUUAUUGUCGUCUAUCGUUAUAUGUUGGUAAAAAAUAGCAAUACUUGAAUUUUAAUUUAGCUUGCGUACAAUUGAAUUAAGGCUAAUAACAUCCCUCAAAUGUAUACCUGUUGCUGAAAGCCUUAUAUAAAAAUAUUUAUUUUUUUCAACGCAACCUUCUUAAGAUAUUCCAUUUAUUUAUAUACUUUCUGAGCAACUGGCUUCUGGUCAUCAGAUGUCGAAACAAGAACAAAUGUUAUGUAUAAUGUGAUUCGAGUGUUAAAGUGCAAAUUAGUUUUAGUUAUUAUUAAUAUUGUAUGGGUAUUAUUGAAUGUCUGCGUACAUUAAAAUCUAUUUCUAAAUAAUAUUGUAAUCCUAUUUUCUGGAAGGUUAAAUGAAAAAUAAUUUAUUCUUUCCAAUCCAGUCUCAAGUGAAUCCUUAUGAUUGGUCGAUUGGCUUUUGACCAAUCAAAAUGCAUGACGAUAUUUGUCGGUAAAUUAAAUAAGAUUAUUAUUUUUUAGGUUCUUAAAAAAGGUGAACGAAACGAAAUAAACGACUUAGACAUAUAUUUCAGUGUUGUAUUUGAUUUGGUAAUAUUUAUUGUUGUUUAACAUUGGUUUUAAGUCGCGUUUAUAUUUUUAAAUUUAGUUCUUACACCAAUCUUGGUUAACCUACCUUUUUUAAGUUCCUAAUUAAAUAAAGUAAUAGUCUUUCAGUGACUGCGGGAACGUUUAAUAUAAUACGAUUGCCCUUUUAAAAGUUAUAAAAACAGAUCUCUUUAUGAAAAUUACGGAUUUGAUACUAAUAUUGAACAAAUCAGAUUUAUAUUGCGUUUUAAUCUUCAGAUACAUCUAUUGUAAUAUACGAUUUUAUAUGCCUAUUGUAUUCAAGCAAAAUUAUGGAUAAUGUCGAGUAUAUUUAAAAUAAUGAUAAUUGCCUUUUUAUAGGUAAUUUUGUAAAGUAAUUGCUACAAUUUGAAAUAUAUACUAUUACAAAUCGAACUUUGUACUUUUCAUAUUGUAUAGAAUUCGGAAAUUGUAAUUUUAAUAAUAUUUUUUGAAAUCUAUAUUGUAUACGUUUUGUGUAUAUAAUGGAAUUAUAGCCUCGGUUUCAACGAACAA